AAAUCAUCUUUUUAUCCUCUCAAUACAAAAUCACAUCACAUUACCAAUAUCAUACUCCUUUUAACUUUUGUUUUUGUAAUUAUUUGAGAGCAAAAGGCAAAAGAAAUGGCUACUUCUUCAAUAGUUUCAAUGGCAAUGCCAUUAACUUGCAAAAGCCAAAAGAAACAACCAAUCGUUGAGGCUUUUUUCAAGCCAUUGCCAAUUAGGACUUCAAAACAAAUUGCAUCAACAAAAAGGUUUGUAGUUAUCAAGGCCUCUUCAAUUAAGGAAAAGGCAGUGGCAGGGUUGACAACAGGUGUACUCACAGCUUCAGUGGUUGUACCUGAUGUAGCACAAGCUGCUGAUAGCUUGUCACCAUCACUCAAGAACUUCUUGCUUAGCAUUGUGUCUGGUGGAGUUGUGCUUAUUGCAAUUAUUGGUGCUGUUAUUGGUGUCUCCAACUUUGAUCCUGUUAAGAGGGGUUAAUUUUGUUUGCCUUUCUUUAAUUAAUUGUAUCUAUAUAUGAUAUUGUUUGGUUUUCAAGUA